AUGCCGAGUCGGACACGUCUGGAAACUCUGAACCUUUUAAGCGUGAGACUUCAGCUUGUUACGACAAGCAAAGGGGGCCGCCCGAGGAUCUACUCGGCCCUAAAAGAGCAGAACGAGCGGCUGAAAUACUUGAUCUCUAUACCCGUAAUGCACGCCCUCUCCGCCCCCUGCUUCGGUCUCAUCCAGGAAGAGCUCGCCUACGACCCCUUCCGCCUCCUCAUCGCCGUAACCCUCCUCAACAAAACCAAAGGCACAGCCGCAAUCCCCGUCUUCCACUACCUCACCGCCGCCUACCCAACCCCAGCCUCCUUAGCCGCGGCCCCCGUCUCGGACGUAGCCUCCCGCAUACGGCAUCUCGGCCUGCAGAACAACCGCGCAGACACACUCAUCGAGUUCGCGAAGACCUGGCUCGCGGUGCCUCCCGCACGGGGGAAGCGAUACCGGACGUUGCAUUACCCGCACCGUGGCGCCGGCACCGGGAUCAAGGCGACCGAGAUCCUCGACGACAACGAUGCGCGGCUCGGCGCGUGGGAGGUUGCGCACUUGCAUGGCUGCGGGCCAUACGCGAUGGACAGCUGGCGGAUCUUCUGUAGGGAUGUGCUGAGAGGUGUUGCCACGGGAUGGGAUGGCGAAGGGGCGGAAGGCGGGUUUGAGCCGGAGUGGAAGAGGGUGCUGCCGAAGGAUAAGGAGCUCAGGGCGUUUUUGAGGUGGAUGUGGUUGCGGGAGGGGUGGGCGUGGGAUCCGGGGACGGGGGAGAAGGAGGUUGCGAGUAUGGAGAUGAUGAGGGCGGCGGAGAGGGGGGAGUUGGUGUGGGACGAGCUUGGGGGUUUGAGAAUGAAGGGAGGGGCGGGAAAAGAAGGGAAGAUGGAGUCAAUGGAGGAAGAUGUUAUGGCCAUUACCACGGUUCUUAAUGUCGAAGAGGAGGAAGGAAAGUACUCAAGAGUGGGGCAAAGUGAUGUGAGCUCAUAG